CUCGUUACAACCUAAACCUCGCAACACGGCCAUCGUCAUCUUCUCUUUCUUUCUCUCUCCAAGUCUCUUUGACAAACAUCUUCUUCGCCUCCCCGCCUUGCGACGUCCAUACUCGAGCUUGAAGCUUGCUGUUCCGCCCUCUGCCUCUCCUGACCUCCGUCCUCCGACAGCCAUGAGGUAGACGACAUUCCUCAAACACAACAAACACCACCCUUCGCCAUGUCCCGCCUCGAGGUCAACAUGGCGGGCGGCACAGGCGAGAAGCUGACCACGGCCACCAUCAUCGUCGCAGGUGUCGCCGCCCUGAUAGCCACCUUCCUAUCAGCCAUAUCCAUCUUCCUCCAGUCGAAAAACUACCGCAAACCACUCCUUCAGCGAUAUGUCGUCCGAAUCUUGCUCAUGGUCCCCAUAUACUCGAUAUCGUCUUGGACAAGCAUGGUCUCUAUCAAGGCUUCGUCUUUCCUCGACCCCGUCCGAGACAUUUACGAGGCGUUCACCAUCUACACCUUCUUCCAGCUCCUUAUCAACUAUCUCAGCGGAGAACGCGCUCUGAUCAUCAUGACCCACGGCCGGGAGCCAGUCUCUCACCUAUGGCCUAUGCAUCAUGUGCUGCCCCGCGUCGACAUUUCCGAUCCUCAUACGUUCCUCGCCAUCAAGCGCGGCAUUCUGCAGUACGCGUGGUUGAAGCCCAUCCUGGCUUUAGCCACCGUCAUCAUGAAGGCGACAGAUACCUACCAGGAGGGCUACAUUGGCGUGGAGUCGGGCUACCUUUGGAGCGGCAUCAUCUACAACCUCAGCGUCACCAUCAGUCUGUACUCACUCGGCCUGUUCUGGGUCUGCAUGCAUGAUGAUCUGCUGCCCUUCCGUCCGGUACCCAAGUUCUUGUGCGUCAAGCUCAUCAUCUUUGCCUCGUACUGGCAGGGGUUCUUCCUGUCUAUCCUCGUCUGGCUCGGAGCCAUCCCGGACAAUGUCGAGGGGUACAGCCCCGACAACUUGGCCGCCGCCAUCCAGGACGCCCUGAUUUGUAUCGAGAUGCCGGCGUUCGCCAUUGCUCAUUGGUACGCCUUUUCGUGGCACGAUUUCGCGGAUAAUAGGGUUUCCUCGGCACGGAUGCCCGUCAAGUUUGCGUUGCGCGAUGCGUUUGGUGUCAAGGAUCUCAUUGAAGACUCAAAGGAAACAUUCAAGGGCGACAAGUAUGGCUACCGCUUCUUCGACUCGGGCGACAAGAUCAUGGCGCACGAAGAGUCUCGCGCCAGGUUGGGAAGACUCGACGAGGGCAUGCGGUACACAAGAGGUGGCAAGGCAAAGUACUGGAUCCCGACACCUGGCCAGGUUGAUCGCCAGACGAAUCGCAACUUGAACGAGCGCGACCCCUUGCUCCAAGGAACUGCAGGUGGCCCGAGUGAAGAGUACAACUCUGCCAACGGCACCUUCAAUGAAGGCCUCACCGGCGAGCCCGAGAUUGACAACGACGAUGAGCGUCUCUACGGCAAGGCGCGCGAGUUGGAGUUUGGCGAUUGGAAUUACCCCGUCAUCACUGCAAAUGUGCCCCUGAGCCAACGGUACAUGUCCUCUCAGGGAAGCCUAGGAUUUGCGUCUGAGCCACGGUCGACGGUUGAGCAUCUGCGUGUGUCUCCUCGGCCUAGCGAGCCAGCCGUGGUCACGAUCAAGAAGAAGAAGAAGCAAAAACAGAAGCAAGUCGCUGCGGCUGAAACAUCCCCCGAUCGUACCGCUUCUGGGCCGUCAUCCAAGCCUCAAAGCCCUUCACCUCAGCCGACUGCAGCCGAGGAACAGGCUGAACCGGAAGCGAGUGCUUCCAAGUCGUACAGCGAGCCGGAAGCGUCUCCUCUUUUGCAAGAAGCAACAGCAUCGCCGUGGGCAGAGAGCGAGCAAGAGGAUGAUUUCAAUAAGAACUUUGGCGUCGGGGAUGACGAGGAGAUCAACAAGAAUGUUUGGGGCGGUGGCGAGUCCCGUUGAGAGAGUCUGCCGGAACGAGGUAGCUUUGCAUUUUAUAAGUUCGAUACCCUUACACUCGUGUUCUAUGUUUCAGCAAUAUUGGCAUAGCGAGGAGUUUGCGAGGAAUACGAGUACAUUGUUCAUCACAAAGGCUGAUAUUGGGGUUGCCACGUAUCAACACAUCUGGGUACAGUGCUGGUGUUUCCCUUUCAUGAAUAUACAUUAGAUUCUCUUCGUCCCUGGUUUAUUCCGCC